UCGAUGGCCUAACUGCAAUACCCCGUAUCUGACAAUUUUGAGAUUUUGAGAGUUUCAUUGCAUUAGGUUUGUUGGGUUGCCUAGCAUGUUGUGUCAGAACCCUGUAUCAUACAAAAAAUAAGAAAGCCUUGGAAAUUGCUUUUAUUUAAUAUCCCGUAUUGCUCGUCAGAAGACAUGCGCAUAAAAAUAUCCCGUAUCUGUCAGUUGUACAUUGCAUUCUUCUACAACCUACACGUGUGCGAGUUUAUUUAGCUGUUCAGUGAAUUAAUUAUAUUUCAAAGAUGCAGGCAACUCGAUCACACAGAAUUUUGUCUAUGGUUUUAAAUCGAAAAGAAAAUAAUAAUCAACAGCCUUCUAGCAGUACCAAGCAAGUUUCUGAAACUGCUGUAUUCACUGAGUUCAGUGAAGUCUAUAAAGUCAGCGCCACAGAUGGGACCCUAAUACCGAUAGAAGGAGAUUUUCGAGAUACUACUGAUUGGCACGAUACUGAAAAUAUCUCCAUUUUGCUGAGCAACGUUCAACAGCAAAUAUUUCAAGAUGAAGUCCUCUGUAAAGACACACAUGAGCACCUUGUAGAAACAGAUAAAGUAACAGAAAAUACUAAUCUAGAUACUUAUUUAAAGCAAACUCAUUUAUUGGAAAUAGGCAAUUUGCACCUUAACCCCGGUUCAAGCAUCACCUCUGAGGAAUCCAAUCAAAACUACGAUUAUAUCCUUGAAGAAGAUCCCGAUUUUUCAGAUAAAACUGCUAAUAAUGAAGAGAAAACAGACUGUGCGAGGAGCUCAGAUGAAGAUUCCAAUCAAAACGACGACGAUUAUAUCCUUGAAGAAGAUCCCGAUUUUUCAGACAAAACUGCUAAUAAUGAAGAGAAAACAGACAGUGCGAGUAGUUCAGAUGAAGAUAUCAAUCAAAACGACGAAGAUUAUAUCCUUGAAGAAGAUCCCGAUUUUUCAGAUAAAACUGCUAAUAAUGAAGAGAAAACAGACAGUGCGAGGAGCUCAGAUGAAGAUAUCAAUCAAAACGACGACGAUUAUAUCCUUGAAGAAGAUCCCGAUUUUUCAGACAAAACUGCUAAUAAUGAAGGGAAAACAGACAGUGCGAGGAGCGCAGAUGAAGAUAAACUAAAUAAAGAAAUUAGAGUAAGACGCAGAAAGAGGAAGGCAGAUGUGGAAAACUGGAACAGGAGGGCAACAAAAUCUAGAAGAAUGCAUGGAGUGGAAUACGCUGGUUUCCAAAGAAAUAAGGAUCGUAAAAUAUCCUACGGAAUAAAGCGACCAGAGAGAAAGAUAAGAGACAGGUGUGUAUCUUUAGCAUGUACGAAGUCUAAAAAGCAUUUCUGUGGGUCCUUCUCGGAGGAAGAGAGGAAUCUUAUGUUCCGUACCUUUUGGGGCAAAAUGGACUGGCAAGAAAAGAAGGCAUACAUAACAGGUAACAUCGAAUACACAAAAACAAAAAGGUCAUCGAAGGGAGAAGAACCAUCAAGAAGAAGUGGAACCUAUUACUAUUAUUUAAGGAACAAAACUAAUGAAAAAAAGAGAGUCUGCAAGAAAAUGUUCUUGAAUACGUUCGAUUUAAAAGAAGACAUGGUUCAUGAUUGGUUCAAAAAGACAGAGUAUGGGCUUAUUUGUAUAAGAGAAGAAAACUCAAACACAAGUGCGGAUCAAAGAAGAUCAAAUAAUUUUAAUAAAGGAAAAAGAAAUUGUCUGGUUGAUUGGUUUAACAUGCUACCUAAGAUGGCCUCUCAUUAUUGUCGCAAGGACACAAAGAAAAAAUAUUUAGAGACAAUUUUUCAGACCAAAGCUCAAUUAUAUAGAGAGUAUUUAAAGCACUGUGAUAAUAACAGUCUGGAAAAAUUAUCGUAUGCUAUUUUUGACCAAAUAUUUUGCGACUUAAAUCUAAGUUUGUACCAGCCAAAAAAAGACUGGUGUGAUACCUGUAGCGCAUUUGAAGUUAAGAAUAUCGACCAGUUUGCUUACGCAUCACACCUAGAGAGAAAAAAUCUAGCAAGGGAAGAGAAAGCCAAAGAUAAAGAAGAUGCCAUCAACCACAAAAAUUACACUUUUACAAUGGACCUUCAAGCUGUAAAAAGCUGCCCCGUCUUAAACGCAAGUGCCAUAUAUUAUAAAAAGAAACUAACAGUUCACAACUUCACUAUGUAUAACUUAAAAAAUCAUGAAGCCUCUAAUUAUUGGUGGGAUGAAACAGAAGGAGAUCUGUGUGCAUCUACUUUUACUUCCAUCAUUAUACACCAUAUUGAAGAAAACUGUAAUGACCGAAAAUUACCUGUUAUUCUCUGGUCUGAUGGGUGCUGUUACCAGAACAGAAACUCUACACUUUCCAACGCGCUUCUAAAUCUUUCUAUAAAAAGUGGCCAAAUUAUUAUUCAGAAAUAUCUUGAGAAAGGGCACACCCAGAUGGAGUGUGAUAGUGUGCAUCAUCUAAUAGAGAUGAAACUUAAAAAUCGUAAAAUUUUUCUUCCACACGAUUAUAUAACAUGUACUGAAGAAGCGCGGAUAAAACCAGCUCCGUUUAAAGCGCAGAUGCUUACUCAUACAUUUUUUAAAAACUAUGCAUCCUGCGAACUUGCGUAUAGAAGUAUUCGACCUGGAAAGAUGAAGAACGAUCCGACCGUCACAGAUCUCAGGGUAUUAAUGUACGAUCCAGAGAAAAAACAAAUUUUGUUCAAAACUAAUUUCAAAGACGAUUUUAAGCCAUUACCAGUACGGACUGUCAAUCCCAAAGGUCUAGAAAUGUCGUCGUACCCUAACUUACACAACCAAAGACUAAGUAUAAAGAGUGAUAAAUAUACUCAUUUGCAAGACCUUAAGGUACUUUUACCUACCGACUGUCACAUGUUUUACAACAAUUUACCCAAAGAUAACAAGAUUUAGGUAGACAUCUUAAAAGUUUUUAGUUUAGUUACUUGUUUUGAGAAAGUUAUUAAACCUAAUUUUCCUUUAAAGUUUUAGUUACAUAUUUUUUUACUGUUUUACUUUACAUUUAUGUUUGUAACAUUGUAACUUCUAAUAAACUUGUUUUGUACCAAUUUUUGUUUUGUUUUUACUACCUGUUAAAUUAAUACUAAAAUCCCGUAUCUAAAAUUUAUGUUACAACAUUUUUGACAAUACCCCGUAUCUACAGAAAAAAAACUCAAAAUACUGCAAAAUGUACUUUUUCACCUUUUAUUUACUAAAAAAUGAAAUUAUUCAUUUUAAGGUCAAGAAAAAAGUCUUGUGUUCAGUCAUUUUUUUGUUUAAAAUCAUAUUUUGUCUCUCCUGUAAAAUUCACUUUUUUCAGAUACGGGUUAUUACAGUUAGGC